GGGCCGCUGCCGGAGCCGCCGCCGGGGCUGUGUCCGCCGCCGGGGCCCGGCGGGCUGCGGCGGGGAGCGGGGCCGGCAGCAUGCGGCAGUCCCUGACUCAGCAGCGCCCGGGCGCCGUGGCCCUGCCCGACUCCGUGGGGUCGUUCAAUAGAAGAAAAAGAAAUUCCCUCUACGUAACUGUGACUCUCCUCAUUGUGUCAGUAUUAAUUCUAACGGUGGGCCUAGCUGCUACAACAAGAACCCAAAAUGUGACUGUUGGAGGUUAUUACCCAGGGGUUAUUCUUGGUUUUGGGUCAUUUCUUGGAAUAAUUGGAUCAAACUUGAUAGAAAACAAAAGGCAAAUGCUGGUUGCAUCGAUCGUCUUCAUCAGCUUCGGUGUCAUUGCUGCGUUCUGCUGUGCCAUAGUAGAUGGUGUCUUUGCUGCCAGACACAUAGACCUGAGGCCACUGUACGCGGGGCGAUGUCAGUACUACUCCAAGAGUGCAACCCCACCAGAGGCAAUCUGUCACCCCCAGCGCCGUGCACCCUGCACGCCGAAAAUAAAAACCAACACCUGCUUCUGCUGUGACCUGUACAACUGUGGAAACAGAGUAGAGAUUUCUGGAGGCUACUAUGAAUACAUUGAUGUCAGCAGCUGCCAGGACAUCAUCCACCUUUACCACCUGCUUUGGUCAGCAACGAUUCUGAACAUAGUGGGGCUAUUCCUUGGGAUCAUUACAGCAGCAAUACUUGGAGGCUUCAAAGACAUGACUCCUUCCCUCCCGACGCUGAACUGUACGGUUGAAAAUGCACAUCCUUCUGUGUCCUACUACUCGAGGCCACAAGUGACAUCUUACAACACCUACUACCACAGCACUCCUCACCUGCCUCCCUACUCCGCCUACGAUUUUCAGCAUUCCAGUGUGUUUCCAGCCUCCACUCCUUCUGGCCUCUCGGAUGACCCCCAGUCAGUGUCACCAUCUCCCAGCUAUAUGUGGUCCUCUAACGCACCACCACGUUACUCGCCACCGUAUUUUCCACCUUUUGAGAAGCCACCACCUUAUACACCAUAAAGAAUGUGGGAAAGAAGAAAAAUAUAUUUGCCAUUGAAACAAUCAUGAACAUUUUGUAUUUAUAUUUUACUGUGGGAAGGAGCAGGAGGAUAGAUACAGACAGUAAUUGCAAAUACAGAUAUUAGAUUGGACUGUUCUUUCUUGUGAGACUUGUUUCAGAGGUUGAGCAGCAGGGUAUGAGGAAGGGAACACGCUGCUGAUGUUUUGCAGUGUCGGUGAGUAGCGGGCAACCUAAAUUCCAGCCUCCUUGUUUUACCACAAGGUUAAUGUAGUCCUUGGAUUUUAAUAAAGCGAUACAGCACAGAUAAGUUCUGGUCUGCCUUACUCCAUCUUGUGCCAAGCUGAAGGAAGGGUAGCCAAGACAGAUAGUUGCCAGAGUAUCAGUAUGUUUAAGGUGAGGGGGCUUGCAGACAGCUCAACUUGAUGCUUGUUUUGUUUAGUCUUGAGGCUCCAGCUGCAGAGAUUUUUUGAGGCCCACACCUGGCUCACAUCACUUGUUGGUUACACCCUACGCACUGGAACAAUCUUGGGGAAAACUGCAACAGUGUCUCAAACCUUAAUGCUAAUGAAAAGAGAUAGUGUCAGAGGAUAUUUUAAUCUAUGUCUAGCAAAACAAUUGGAAUAUUGCUUUUUUGAGGGGAAAAGCUUUGAUAGGCAAGCUGUUUUUAUUUCAGGAUGCUCUUAAGAUAGAGGUGAAAUGUAGUUGUCUCUGUCUGAAUUCUGUGUAAGUUAUGCUGAAAUAAAACAGUUUGGGGGGUUGCACUGCCUAAAUCUUCCUCGAGCAUCAGGAGCUGUCCACAAAUCACUCAAAAAAACAUCAUUUGUUAUCUUUUUCCCUUCAGUUGGGGAUUUUUUUUUAAGCUUAUACUUUAAACUUUUUUAUUUGACAAAAUCAGCACCCUGAACAAGCACUGUUUUAGUAGCUGCAUUAUGGGCUACACACAAGGAAUACCCACUACUAUUUAUCCAAGCUGUAAGUCUCACGUGGAUAAAAAUCAACAUCCUGUAAUAUAGGAUGAAACUGGUAGGAAUUUGCAAUUAUUGUGGUGACUUUCAUUUAAUCUUCAGCUGAUGACUGUGGUGAUUGAUCUAAAUUCCAACAGAUUUUGCAUGCAUCCUGCAUAACAAAAGAAGGUCAGCUUUGUUGUGUGACACACUGGCCUGUAAAGUGUGGUUCUACUCCAGGAAGUGACUUCAGAUGACAGCAUUCAGAUCUGAGCUGCUCAACCUGAGCAUUCUCAUCUACUUGCUUCAGGGAUCAAAAUAAGGUAUUGACAUUUUACUCCUUAGUUCGUAAAGGUUUCAUUUCCUUGGCAUCAAGGACCCUAACCCUUAAUUCUCUAUAUUUUCUUGCAACUGAUGUAGACAAAAAGGUACCUUAAAGCUAAAUCUGGCUUUCAGAAUCAAAAAAUGGAAUACAUGCUAGGGGAGGGGGGAAAAAACAACCUCCAGCUGGAUUUUAAACAGUGGCACCUCCCUACUUCUAAUCUAAAAAAAACCCAAAAUACUGUCAACAUGGAAAACAAACACUUGAGUCUCUGAUCUCACUUUUCAAAGUACACCCACACUUUAUAAUGCUGGCUUUAAUCCUAUGCAUUUGCAAAGCCUUUAGGCUAGGCUACGUGUUAAACUUUUCAUUUCCACUGUCAAACAUUAGUCAAUAUAUUAAAAAGCUAAAGGAUGGCAUUGUUUAUCCAGUAAGGAUUACUGGAUGACUUUCUCCAGUAAGGAAGAAAAAAAUAAAUGGCUGGAGAAAGGAAUACAACUCAUGGGAUUUAAAGCAGUAGUGUAUGCAGAACAUUUCCUGGUGACAUUUUGUUUUACUAGAUGGUUGAAGUGCAGCUCCUAUAAAUUUGCAUACUGGAAAUAAACUUAUAUACUAGGGCAUCAUCCAUUUUAUAUUACAUUUUCCUGAAUUAAAUCUUGAUAAGCAGAUUAUGGGCAAUUUCAAAAUAGACAGUACUUCUGAUAAAACUCCCCACAAAACUAGAAUCAGGAGGACACGUUAAUACCUGAAAGCAUUUUCUUGCUGCAUCUUUGAAAUAAAAGCAAACAGUCCUGUCCCAUUUCUGACAAAUACUUUCUACCAUUUGUGCCUGUCAACUACAUAGGGCUAGAGGGACUUGGGGACACUACAGGACAGGACUAAGAAAUUCAUGAGGGAACAUCACUUAAGUGGCAGGGUAUUAGGAAAUGAUUGUGCAAUUGGUUUUGAGUUGACAACUACUAAACUUAGGAAAUUAUCCAAAUUCUCAUUUUUUUUCUAAGGAAUAUUUAAGCAAAAAUUACAUUGCUGCUUUAAAUUCACUAUAAAAGGACAAGUCCAUUUUCACAUUUAAAAAAAUGCUGGUGGAAUUUUCUGGUGAAUUCCCUGUUUCCUUCUGCUUGAGCAAAACAAAACGUUUAAUGUAAAUGCAGCAUCUGCACUGUAUUCAUCAUUUCUUAUGAGAGUGUCAGGAUUGUGACUCAUAUGUACCCUUUUAUUACUUUACCAAAGUUAAAUAAAAUCGUGUCACUUUUGUAAA